AGACCAGUAGUAGCAUGGUUAUGGCGAAGCCGUGUGGAGCACAGACACAGUCAGACUCAGUCAGUCAGUGUAGUUUAGUCUUGUCUCCGUGGCGCUGGUGUGUGGUAGUGACGAUGACGAGGAGUGUGUUCUGAGGCGAAGCGAGUGAGACUCGAAGGCGGUGCCUCUCUCAUGGAGAUAAAAUGUGUACAGGUGUAGUGAAGUGGCGUAAUAUGUUGCUGAUGAGUGAUCGCCAGGCGCAAAACGACAAGACAAAGGAUGAAAGAGACGGAUGAUGGGCACACGCUCUCCCAGGUCUGGUUAUGGAGCUCAAAUUGUACAGGAAAGAUGUGAUCCAGAAGAAUAUGAUCUUGAGGAUGUUUUAGAUACUUAUUCCUUACCUGUGGAUGCCACUCCCGCCUCAGCUAGUUCAACAAGUGAAAUCUAUCGCCGGCCUGUCUUUCAGUCCCCUAGGGCUCUAAGGCGGUGCCAACGACCUGACUUUUCAGCAAGAUCCCCAGAAAGAAGUGCAACAUCUGCAUUGCCAUCAACAGUUACAACACCACCAACAACCACAACACAGACCUCAAGCCAUCACCAUGAACACCCGACCUGUUCCUGUUCCUGCCGCGUCCACACCAUUAGGGGGUGCGAAAGUCGUAGCAGGUCCAGGGAGCGUUGCUUACUGGGCAUGGCCGACUUGGAAAGCGUGGCUGUGGGCAGAACAAGUGGUGCAGGAGGGCGUAGUAUUGGCAUAACCAAUAUCAGUGGGUGUGUGGGUGUUAGUGUAAAUAAUGGUAACAGCAAUGGUGGCCGAAAUGGAGGUGGUGCCAGUGGAAGUAAUAAUGUCACUGGUGGUGGGUUGGGUCUUCCUGGAAGCUAUCCAGUCCAGGGAAGUAAUAAUGGUGGGCAGGGAAUGACAGUAGGAGGUACUGCCAUUAGAGGAAAUGGUGGUGGACGUAGUACCUCCAAGGGGUCAAAUGGCGGUGGUGGACGCAGAGGCGUUCACCAGCCAAAUUUUUUAAAGACAGUGUCUAUUAUUGAUACACUGAGUGAAUUGGCUCAUGGACCAGAAGUACGAUGUCUAACACAAGAACCUCGCCCUCAGUGUCAGACUCGCCCACACACUGGGUCAAGGGUUUCCUCUUCGUCACGCCCCACCACGACCAGUACAUCGGCAACCUUAGGUGGAAUGGCUGACUAUGGAGACGAGGCCCCAACACGCCCACCUGGACCGCCCGUACUGUCAGCAGACUUUCAGCAAUAUAGUGAAAAAAUUUAUGAUGCCGUUACUUCGCGGGCACCUGAGCCCGAGUUGCGUACUGGCCGUAGAGGGCGGGUCCGAAUGCAAAGUUUGCAUGCACAUGCACUGCCAAGGAGAGAGAGAGCACAUGUCCGAGAGGAAGCAGCUGCCCAUGGCACUGCUGUCCCCUCAUCAGCAGUUGAGGAAGGUCAAAAUAACACAGGGAUGACUCAGGAAACCAGGAGGGAAGAGGAGGAGGAAGGCGCAGGAAAGAAAAAACCAGAACACCGUGGGCGUGAAAGAGGAAGAACACCAGAUUGGAUUAAAAGAAUUUUUGAUAUUGCAAAAAAAGGAGACCUUCCCUCAUUGAAACGUAGUGUUGCAGACAUGGAAGGUACACUAAUCAGGAAUUUGAGUGACCACUGUGGUAAUAACCUUCUACACGUUAUGGCUGUAUUUGGACACUUGGCUCCUCUCGCCUGGUUGCUGACAUCUCAACAAGUACUAGUCGAUGCUUUACAUGAUGAGAACAAGUUUGGACUGACACCCCUUGUGUGUGCUAUAAAAUAUGGUCGGCUUAGGCUGGUACAAUGGCUGGUGGAAAACACCGGUGUCAGGGAUAAAGUAAGGUGCAAGGAUGGCGAACGAUCGCUGCUGCAUAUUGGUGCAAAGUAUGCCCAAGAGGAGAUUGUGAGCUGGAUUGUGGAUUACAUGAUGGCUCAUGAAGUUCCUCUAGACAACAAAGAUCACCAUGGCAAUACCGCUCUCCAUCUGGUAGCAAGGACAGGAAACUCUCGAGUGUGUUCCAUCCUACUCCAGCAUGGUGCAGAUGUUACACUCAAGAAUGACAUGGGCCAAAAAGCAUGGGAAGUAUGUGUAGUGCGUGGACACUUAGCUUGUGCCGAAUAUCUGUGUGUCCAUGAAUCAGGCCUUGCACUAGCCACAGACCUAACUAGGAGAGAGGCCGAGCUGGAAGCAGCAAUGGCAGACAACCAUGAUCUCAGGGUCAAUUUCAAAGAGGUAAUGAGUGUAGCACGGAGGUUGGUAAAAGAAAGAGAAGAAGUGAUGAGAGAGCUUUCAAGAUUACAUGAUCACAUGGUGGAGGCCCAUGACAACAUCAUCAUGGCACUUCAAGUACUGGCUGAAGAAAACAACUCCCUAAGAGACAGACUUAAUGGUGUCAGGCACUCGACCCACACAAGGGAACAAGUUGAUUCUGUAAUAGGAUACGUAAAUGGCCUUCAUGAACGCUGGCAAGGUGCUCAAAAGUCCUGGUUUGGAUCGUCUUUAGUUGACAUGGAACACAGGAUGUUGCUGGUGGAAGAAGCAUGGAAAAAACUUAAGCAUCGCAGCCACAGGACAGUUGCUUCUACUCACCAUCCACUAGAUAUUUUCAGGGCUAAGCUUUGUUCUGUCCGUGCCCAAGGGGGUGAUGGUCGGCUUGGAGAUCUUCCAUCAAUCUGCUCAUCAGAAGAAUCUUUGGCAUCUCUCUUUCCUUUUAGUGAAGAGGAAGAUGUCUAUGAAGGUGUUGAGGAUUAUACUGCUCCAGUUCCUCUAUCUCACUCAUCACCAAUUAAAGCAACAACCAUUGCCUCUAAUCCUCUGAGAACACCAAACAUGAGCAUGACAGAGGUUCGGUCUGAAACGCUACCGGCUCGUCUUGAUGCAUUAACACCAUGCGCUGGUCAUUCAGAGCAACUGCAAGAGGCUGAUUACCUCAGCCGGAGUGAAGCUGCUCUUACAGAAAGGGCUCUGGACUCUUCAGUAACACAUGCUUUGUCACCAAGCACUUCUUUGUUUAGGAAUUCUUCUAAACCCAAAGAAAAUACUGGCAGGCCCUAUUGGGCUGAUGCUAGUUUGAGUCCUGGCCUUGGCCUUAUUAAUGAGAAGUUAGGGGGCUCUCCUCUUGGUGAGAAAUUAGGUAAAGAGGAGGUUAGUCAAAGACUGAGAGAAUUAGCGCUUACCUCUGAAAGUGGUUCAUGUUCAGUGCUUGAGGUAAUAGAGCCCUCUAGUGAUGAAAGUGACACCCCUCCUGAUGAUGAUCCUGGAACACUGGACCCUCAGAGUGGGCCCCGGGGAGCGCCGGCCCUGCGGGCCAGUGAAGAGAGCAGCAGUGGAGAAAUACAAGCUCCAUCUCUGCCCUUCGAUCGGCGCCAAAAACGAGGUACUAGAGCAAGUCAUGAUGAAGGUGAUGCAGUAUCACGAGUUGGAGAAGCAACAACUACAUCUAGUGAGAGUGGAACUGACUCAACAUGUGUGAAAGAGGUAGAUCUCUUACGUGGCACUGAUACCUCAAGCAAACACUUUUUAGAGAAUGAGACAUCCCUGGGCGCCGCUGCUGUGGAUGUCUCUGAAUCACGUGGACAGCGGCACCUAGGUGAUGGAGAGGGUGGAGAGAGUGUAGUUCAGGAAACUCCUGGGGGAUCAAUUCCUUCUACUAUUAAGCGUAAGGGAUUUCUCCUUAAGUUUAACAUAAAACCACGCUGGCCUUCUAAACGUAAAGUAAAAAUUGUGCGAAAAGUGCCAGAAAUAAGUGCCCGAGAUUUUCAGGAAACAUAUGGAAAUGUACGGGAGUCUACUUUAUCUCUGGGCGACACUGAUGCCCAUACUACCACCGAGUCCAACACUUCAUCUAGUCAAGAUUGUAGUAAUUCGUCUGAGGAGUCAUCUAUAGGCAAACCCACCUCUUCUACUUGUACAACUUCUUCUUCUACAAUUACAACACGUCCCUCUGAUCUUCCUGAAUCAGAGCCUGCCAGGCAUGGACCACGCAGGCCAACUGAGAUGUGGACGGAAAGUAGCACUGCCAGUGUUGCAAGUACUUCACCUAUGAAUGCUGGUGCACCUUCCAGUCCUCCAUUACAAAACAGCAAUGAAAUAUUGCCAGACGACUCUUCAACACCUGCAUCACCUCUAUCGUCUGCGACUACAGGAUUUGAAUCCAUUGAAGAAAAUCUGCCACCAGUUCCUGAAGAGUCAGUGUUAAAACCAGGCAGUGAGGCUAGAAGUGUAGCAGCUUCUGAAGACUCUGGUAUUGUUGCUCGACCAGCUUCAAGUGCUUCCAAGUCAGAUUCAAUAUCUCGACCCGAGUCUUCUUCCUCUACAUUUCCACCAUUCAAGAGUGACUAUCCACUUCAGAAGGGGUUUUCUCUAACUCAAGACCUUCUUCCAACACCGGACUCUAGUACUGCUGGGAGAAUGUCUCCGGCACCAAGUGAAGUUAGCAAAACUGAGUCAGCACUUUCUCCUCCAUCUCAUGCCUCAGAUGUUAGCAAAAGUGAGUCUGCUCGUCAGCUGAGUGUUGGAAAGGGAAGUGUAGGUGGUAGUACGAGCAUUAGUAGCAAAGAAGGCUCAGCUUCUUCAUCAUCUGACUAUUCAUUAACAUUACUUCCUCUGAAAAAGCAAAUCAAUGUAAAGACGGCAGCAAUCAUAGAUAUCUCCUGUGAGCCUAAAGGAAAAAAGUCUGAUCAGCCCAACAUCAAUUCAUCAUCAAGAAGUGACUGUGAUAGCAGUAAGAAGAAAGAAGAGGGAGAUGAGAAACCUUGGUAUGAGGUUUCUGAUGAGGAAUCUGACGAUAUCCUGCUCCCAGACCGACUUCUCAAGGGGAAAGUUAUCUCCAGGCCAUCAUCAUCCUCAUCAGAAGAUGAGACAGAAGUUUGUUAAACUUCCAACCUGAGAUUGCACUUGCAAACAGUAAAGGACUUUUUAAAAAUUUCAUUACUAAUGGAAUUCCAGUGAUGUAUAUUUUUUUGUAAUAAGGACACUUUUCAGUAAAAGUUAUAUGAAUAUAAGUUUAUUCUAAGUAACAAAUUUGAAGCUAGUUGUAAAUGAUUUUAAACAAUUAAGUGCUGUACAGACUAAACUAAAAGAGGACGUGAAUGUUCAUAAAACAAAUCCUGCUCUGUUGGUUGUAAUGGUUUCCAAAUCUAAGUGCAUUAAUUUAUCCACUCAUGAAAGAAAUGUUUGAAAAAAAAUUUGCUCAUCAACUACCUAUAAGUAAAAAUAUGUCCAUAUCACUAAAGGAAAACCAGCAAUUUUAUGUGUAAUGUAAAUGCCAAAAACUUUGAUAGCCACUUAACGAAGUAAUAUUUUCUAAUUUUGGUCAAAAAGAAAAUGGCCAUAUGGCCUACCAGAAAAAUGACCCAACUGACUGCAGUUAGCUGUAAAAGAUAGAGGCUACACUAUUCUACAACAAAACUGCCGCAGGCUGUUCACUACGCUUAAAUCAUACAGAUAUAUAUACUGUACAUAAAUAGUGUACUGUAUGUAUACUAGUACAUAAUUCCAUAUAUAAAUAUAUAGUAAAAACAAAUAUUUGGUAAUAACAGAAAAUAAGACAUGUUAUCCAAACUUGACAGCAAAUCUGUUAAUAAACCCUGCUGUAACUGAGUACAAUGCAUAUACCUUUAUAUGACUGCAAGUAUACAGAUAUUUGACAUAACUAAAAUAACAUUUAGUGCUGUAACAUUAUCUUUAUGGCUAUUAUUAUUGUAUGUAUUUCCAAGGGUAAAAAGUUUGAGGAAAUUCAAGUGCUCGAUAAUUUAAGAAGAUACAAUUUGCUUGUUUACGUUGCCAAGAACUCCUCUGACCACGUGCUGUGCCAUUAUCAUGCAAUGCCAAAUAACAAAAUACUGCAGAAAAUGUACUAUAUUGUGCCAAACGUUCACGGACACCACGUAAAAGGUGCUGUAUUUAAUAGAGAAAAUGAAUUUCAUUGCAAAUUGUCAAAAGGAUCAUCAGCAUUGACUAAAUUAUUCAUGCAACUGUCUCGUCUAUUUUCUCAUAAUUCUUCAUAACUGAAGUACUCUUGUGAAUUGUCAACUGUAACUCAUCUUAAUUCCUAGACUUUUCCUUUCUUUAAUGAAGCACUGUUGUAACUUUCCAUUUCGAAUUCUGUCAUUACUUUAACUUCUGCCAAUUUCAUGACUUUCCAUAAUUUAAACCCAUACUAUGAGAAUUUAAUCUUACAACUAUUAGCACAUUUAACCAUCAUUUUUUAAAAUUUGGUUUAGAUUAUCAUACUUUCCAUCACAGAUACAAAUUUUGUACGACAGUUGCAUCAUCACCAUCAGCAACUGUAAUAAUUGGUAUCCUUUUUGUGAUCAUAUAAAUUAUUCCCUGUAACUAUGACUGCACUGCCAAGCACUUCAUUAAACUCAUGAAAUUCUUACAUUUUUUAUCACAGCAUCUCCACUAAAUGCAAGCGACAGAUCCUUGAUUAUAGCAUUUAACUUAAACUCAGUGAUGGUGUGAAUGAACCAGUCAUAAUGGGAAUUGUAACAAAUCACUGCAUAUGUAUCUGAAUGAGAAAAAUUAAUGUCUUAACCAAAGGUUACAUAAACAUAAAACUUUAACAUUUUCCUAAAUCACCCUCAUCUCUACCAAUGUCCAUCAUCUAUCUAUACACAGUUGGUUUGACUAUGCAUUAUAGUACUUCACAAAGCUCAUGCAGUACUACGAAACUUGCAAUGAUAUUUGUAAUGAAUCUUGUAUAAGUCUACCUCAUAUUCCCACUGUUAUGUAAUAUGAAGUCACAUUGUUUAUAAUUAUUGAUCCUGUUGUGUCUUUCUUCUUCUUUUUCAUGUUUGAAUAUAUUUCUUUUCCACCUGAGCUCAUGUGUCUAAUCAAUAUAAGAUGUAAAUGAAA